AUGGCACCGGGAGCCGCGCGCCUCUGCGUCCUCCUCCUCCUGGUCCUCCAGCUGGGGCGCGCCACCCCUCUGGUGGUCAAGCCGGACGCGGGGUUGGACGUACCGCGGGCCGAGGCUGCCCCUCCGCACAAAAAAGCGCCCCAGUUCAUGUUGGACUUUUUUAACGCAGUGACCGCCGCAGAAGGGACCCCCAAAAGUCAGACGGAGAUCCUUGAAGGCAACACCGUGCGCAGUUUUGAGGAUAAAGGUCACAACCGUGAAGGCUUUCACGUUUUCAACCUGUCGUCUUUCAGCAGAGAGGAGAAAAUCAUCAAGGCGGAAUUCCGUUGGUUCAGAAAGAAACAGAAACAGAAGUUUUACCUCGGAAAUUCACACGGUCCCCAUUUCUACAAGGUGAAUCUAUACGAGGUUUUGGACAGCAGAGUGAAGCCAUGGAGGGGAAACCUGAUCACCUCUAGGCUGGUGCCUCUGCACACACAAGGAUGGGAAGUCUUCAAUAUCACGGACAUGGUGUCUAAGUGGAUCCUGAACAGUCAGGAAAACGGUGCCAUCCUGGUGACGACAACCUUUCUUUCCGGGAACUGGAUGGAGGCGGCGGUGUCUUCAGCUAAGCGGGAUGGAAGGGAUGGAAGGUCCACCGACAAAAACGCCUACCUGGUCAUAUUUUCAGACGACGGGAGAGCAGGAGCAAACAAGUCAGGCCAGGGACAACCUGAGAACCAUGAGACCCUCAGCAGGAGACGGCGGGCGUCCUCGGCCUUCCCGCCCCUUAACCGGCCCCAGACCUGCCAGCGGGUCCCGCUCUACGUCGACUUCGACGAGAUCGGCUGGUCGGGCUGGAUCAUCUCCCCCCGCGGAUACAACGCCUACCACUGCAAGGGCUCCUGCCCGUUCCCUUUGGGGGUCGGCCUCCGGGCCACCAACCACGCCACCGUGCGCUCCAUCAUGCACGCGCUCAAGCUGUCCAGAGACCAAGUGGAAGCCCCCUGCUGCGUGCCCGACAGGCUCCAGUCCAUCAGCCUGCUGUAUUUCGACGACGAGGAGAACGUGGUGCUGAAGCAGUACGACGACAUGGUGGCCCUGAGCUGCGGGUGUCACUGA